CGAGGUCUAUUUUACCCUCCGCUCUGCUUGCUUCGGCCAUUCCAAUUCCGAUUCCCAUGGAGAUGACGGACUCCCUCAAUCCCAACAGACAUCUCAAAGAACUAUUUGUGAGCAACUUAACUGGUUCAUCCAAGCUCGAAAUUAUCUUUCUCAUCACAAACCUUUCUAUUUUGAUUCCUAUAAGGCAUUGCAUCGGAUUUAAUAAUGGAAUCAAUUCGGGUUCUGUAAAGAAGGACGACAAUGCAAAUGGCAUUGGGAAGAAUCUACAAGCCUAUGUUUUGGCUUUGAUUGUUGACUUUCUCUUCAUUGCUAUUCCUUAUAUUUUAUUCAUGACUGUUAUGGCAGAAUGGACUUAUGGAAGCACAAUCUUAGUAAUUCUACUGCUGCUUUUCCUGAAAACAUUUAAUGGAAACCAAUUUUCAUUGCAGGAAGGUGGUAUGGACUCCAUUAGGGCAAACAUCUCAUCUUACAGGGUUUCUGUGAUGCUUGUGACGUGCUUCUCUAUUUUGGCUGUUGAUUUUAAGAUAUUUCCCCGAAAAUAUGCUAAAACGGAGACUUAUGGUACUAGCUUGAUGGAUCUUGGUGUCGGGUCAUUUGUAGUUGCAAAUUCCUUGGUUUCACGGCAGGCUCGUGGCAUCACAAACAUGUCAAUAAGAAAUGCUCUGAGUUCAACUGCUCCGUUAAUCAUUUUAGGAACUGCCCGACUUAUUUCAACAACAAGUGUAAAUUAUCAGGUUCAUGUUGGGGAAUAUGGAGUCCAUUGGAAUUUCUUUUUUACUCUAGCUGCUGUGACUCUUCUCACUUCAAUUAUCAAUGUUCAUCCAAGUAACUGCGGUGUUUUAGGUUCAUUAAUCCUCAUUGGGUAUCAAGCUCUACUGCUGUUUGGAUUGAGUAGAUACCUCCUCUCGGAGGAAAGGGGUAAUGACAUCAUCAGCCAAAAUAAGGAAGGAGUUUUUAGCAUAUUUGGGUAUUGGGGUAUGUAUCUUCUUGGAGUCAGAAUAGGAAGAUAUCUUUUCUUCGAGGAUAACAUUGAUGCAAGGCUAAAAACCACGAAUUGGACGAGGACUAGGGCCUGGGCGCUUAGCCUUUUUUUCUGGUCAAUCACUUUACUUCUUGACUGGUUUGUCGAAAGAACAUCUCGCCGAAUGUGCAACUUGGCUUACGUUUCUUUCUCAUUGGCUGUUUCCCUUCAGGUAUUAGCUAUUAUGAUGAUGUCUGACUAUGUAUCUGGAUGUAAAAGCUCUGUUCUAGAGGAGGCAUUCAACCGAAAUCUGCUGGCAUCAUUUCUUGUGGCAAACAUACUUACCGGAUUGGUGAACUUGUCGGUUGAUACGCUAUCUGUAUCCGAGGUUUCAGCACUGGCUAUUUUAUUUGCAUAUGCGUUUGUUUUGAUUUUUGGUAUAGGAUUUGCUGGUUUUCUUGGUAUUAGGUUGAAGUUCUGGUAAUGGGACAUAGUCAUAUAUAUAUAUAUGAUAAGAUAUAUUUGGAGCUUUGGAUUUAGGGGCUGAAUAUGAAUGGAUAUUUUGGUAUUAUAGAUAGAUAUCUACUCACUAUUAAUACACUUUCAAUUAGGCCUACUGAAGAGGAUGAUUUGAUUGGGCACAUAAUAUGUAGUUUUUUCUGCAGAUUUUUGCAGUUGUUUUGUAGGAGGUGAAUGAAUGAGUGAUGGAAUUUUAUAUUUAUUA